AUGGAAAUCAGAACUCGAUGUGGUGGCCAUGACUUAGAGGGACUAUCUUAUGUCUCACGAGUGCCAUUCGUGAUUAUUGAUUUAAUCAAUCUCAGUGAAAUCACAGUGGACAUCGAGGCAAAAACCGCUUGGGUCGAGGCUGGCGCAACCAUUGGCUCUUUAUACUACAAGAUUGCAGAAAAAAGUCCGGUUCUAGGAUUCCCGUCUGCCAUCUGCCCAACCGUUGGUGUCGGUGGGCACUUCAGUAGAGGGGGCUACGGCACGAUGCUGACAAAAUACGGUCUAGCCGCUGACAACGUCAUCGAUGCAAGAAUAGUUGACGCCAAGGGUAGAAUCCUUGACAUAACAACCAUGGGCGUGGAUCUGUUCUGUUCUGGGCCAUCAGAGGCGGCGGGGCCGCCAGCUUUGGCGUGA